AUGUUCUGGAAGCUCUGGCUGCCCUUGAUCCUGGCGGCCGCGCUGGUGCGGGCGGCCGAUGGCAGGAAGAACCGGCCGGCGGGCGCCAUCCCCUCGCCCUACAAGGAUGGAGGCGGCGGCGGCGGCAACAACUCGGAGCGCUGGCAGCAGCAGGUCAAGGAGGUGCUGGCGUCCAGCCAGGAGGCGCUGGUGGUCACGGAGCGCAAGUACCUGAAGAGCGACUGGUGCAAGACGCAGCCGCUGCGGCAGACGGUGGGCGAGGAGGGCUGCCGCAGCCGCACGGUGCUCAACCGCUUCUGCUACGGGCAGUGCAACUCCUUCUACAUCCCGCGCCACGUGCGCCGCGAGGAGGCGUCCUUCCAGUCCUGCGCCUUCUGCCGGCCGCAGCGCGUCGCCUCGGUGCUCGUGGAGCUCGACUGCCCCGGGCUGGACCCGCCCUUCCGACUCAAAAAGAUCCAGAAGGUGAAGCAGUGCCGGUGCAUGUCCGUGAACCUGAGCGACUCGGACAAGCAGUGA